AUGAACUGGCCCUUCAGAACAGCUGCAGUGCUGUUCAUUUUCCUGGUGGUGCUGGAAGUUAACAGUGAAUUUCAAAUCCAGGUCAGAGAUUAUAACAGUAAAAAUGGCACUAUCAAGUGGCGUUCCAUCAGGCGGCAAAAACGUGAGUGGAUCAAGUUCGCUGCAGCCUGUCGUGAAGGUGAGGACAACUCAAAGAGGAACCCAAUCGCCAAAAUUCACUCAGAUUGUGCUGCAAACCAGCAAGUUACAUACCACAUCUCUGGAGUAGGAAUUGAUCAACCACCUUAUGGGAUCUUUGUUAUUAAUCAAAAAACUGGUGAAAUUAAUAUAACAUCCAUAGUUGAUCGAGAGGUCACCCCUUUUUUCAUUAUCUAUUGUCGGGCUGUGAAUUCACUGGGCCAAGAUUUAGAGAGAAUUCUCGAGCUCAGAGUCAGGGUUUUGGAUGUAAAUGACAACCCUCCGGUAUUUUCUAUGUCUACUUUUCUAGGACAAAUAGAAGAAAAUUCUAAUGCCAAUACACUGGUGAUGAUGCUCAAUGCUACUGAUGCAGAUGAACCAAAUAAUUUGAACUCAAAAAUAGCCUUCAAGAUCGUAAGACAAGAACCUUCUGAUUCACCAAUGUUUAUUAUCAACAGAUACACUGCAGAAAUUCGAACAAUGAAUAAUUUUCUGGACAGAGAGCAAUAUGGCCAGUACUCUCUAGUUGUAAGAGGCUCAGACCGCGAUGGUGGAGCAGAUGGUAUGGCAGCAGAGUGUGAAUGCAGCAUUAAAAUCCUCGAUGUCAAUGAUAACAUCCCAUACAUGGAACAGUCAUCAUAUUCCAUAAGUAUUGAAGAAAAUGCUCUAAAUUCAAAUUUGCUCCAGAUUAGAAUAAUUGAUUUGGAUGAGGAGUUCUCAGCUAACUGGAUGGCAGUCAUUUUCUUUAUCUCUGGAAAUGAGGGAAAUUGGUUUGACAUAGUAAUGAAUGAAAGAACAAAUGUGGGAACUUUAAAGGUUAUUAAGCCCCUAGAUUAUGAAGCUAUGAAGAAUCUUCAACUUAGUCUUGGUGUUAAAAAUAAAGCUGAAUUUCAUCAAUCAAUUAUGUCUCAAUAUAAACUCACAGCAACUGCAGUCUCUGUGACGGUGUUAAAUGUAGUUGAAGGCUCAGUGUUCCGUCCAGGUUCAAAGACAUUCAUAGUAACUAGUGAGAUGGGACAAAACUAUAGAUUGGGAGACUUUAUAGCUACUGAUCUGGACACAGGUCUACCUUCAACCACUGUUAGGUAUGUAAUGGGAAGUAAUCCAGCGGGCCUAAUUGCUAUUGACUCAAAAACGGGCAUAAUUACUUUGAGAAAUAAAGUUACUGUUCAACAAUAUGAAAUACUUAGGGGAAAAUACCAAGGAACAAUUCUAUCUAUAGAUGAUGCUCUUCAAAGAACUUCUACUGGGACAAUUAUUAUUAAACUUGAAAGUAAUUCUGGGGAAGAUGAUGCAUCGUCUGAUAAUAAUAAUACCAGUACUAGCACAAAUGGCCUUACUUCCUCAGAUGUUACCACUGAUAACUACAAAAACGUUGGCAUGGUUAGCCCAAGUACUUCUGAUGCACUUCACACCACUCCUUUUCAUCUAAUAAGCAAUGAUAAUGUAUAUCUUGGUCCUGCUGGCAUUGGACUACUCAUCAUGGGAUUCUUGAUCCUAGGAUUGGUCCCAUUAUUGUUGAUGUUUUGUGACUGUAGAGGUAUCCCUGGUUGUAGGGCCAGCUUUAAGCCUGUUCCCGAAUGUAUGGAUGGAACAAUGCAUUCAUGGGCGGUGGAAGGACCGCAGCCCAAACUUGUGGAUUUGACCAAUACCAGUGCACCACAAAUACCACCCAAUACUGCAGAUAUUAUUGAGUGCAUUGACAACUCAGGCGUUUACACAAAUGAGUAUCAUGGCAGAAAAAUGCAAGAUCUUGGAGGAGGAGAAAGAAUGACAGCGUUGGAACUAGUGGAUGGAGUUAAAACAUCAGGACAACCUAAGAUAUGUCAAGAAUAUUCUGGAACAUUAAGAAGAAGUUCUAUGAGGGAAUGUAGAGAAGGAGGGCUGAAUAUGAACUUCAUGGAUAGUUACUUCUGCCAGAAAGCAUAUGCUUAUGCAGAUGAAGACGAAGCACGCCCAUCCAAUGACUGUUUGCUCAUAUAUGAUAUUGAAGGUGUAGGUUCCCCUGCGGGCUCUGUGGGUUGUUGUAGCUUCAUUGGAGAAGAUUUGGAUGACAGCUUUUUGGAUACACUGGGGCCUAAAUUUAAGAAGUUGGCAGAUAUCAGCCUGGGAAAAGGAGUGGAACCAUACCCAGACCCUGAUCCCUCUUGGUCACCUGACAGCACUGAACCGAUCUGCCCUCUGCAGGGAACAGAGUCCAUUGGUAGUGGACACCCACACACCUCCCCACAUUUCGGCACCACCACCACCAUCAUUUCUGAGAGUAACUACCCCUCGGGACCUGGGGUACAGCAUCCUAUUCCUGAUCCUCUGGGCUAUGGUAAUGUCACUUUAACUGAGUCUUACACCACCUUGGGCACUCUGAAGCCCUCUGUCCACGUUCAUGAUAACCGACAUGCAUCAAACGUGGUGGUAACAGAGAGGGUGGUCGGCCCAAUCUCUGGUGCCAAUCUGCAUGGGAUGUCAGAGAUGCCUGACUUGAGAGAUGGGUCAAAUGUUAUAGUGACAGAAAGGGUAAUAACACCCGGUUCAAGCCUGCCCUCCACUUUGACCAUCCCUGAUCCUAGAGAGUCUUCAAAUGUAGUAGUGACAGAAAGAGUAAUCCAGCCAACUUCUGGCCUAGUGGGCAAUCUGAGUGUGCACCCCGAUUUAUCAAACACCCACAGUGUGAUUGUGACAGAGAAGGUAGUUUCAGGCUCCGGCAUAACUGGCAUUAGUGGCCCAGUUGGGCUAGGUGGAGGCAGUGGCAUAGGCAGCAGUGGCCUGGUGGGCAAUGGUGGUGGCAUUGGGCUGAGCAGCCUGGGAGGGGGUGGGGGUCUGAGUAGCAGCAUGGGGGCCACAUCCACCAUUGGCCACUUGAGGGGCUCCUCUGAGCAUCACUUUAGCAAUACCCUAGGAUCUGCCUCCCCUAUCACAGCCAGAAGUCGAAUCACAAAGUACGGUACAGGACAAUACACCAAGUAG